AUGGAUAACGAUAAAGUGGAUAUCAAUCAUAAAAUUGCUGAAAUUAAGAAGCGAAUUCUUUUGGCAGAAGGUCAAAAGACAGCCAAUCUGGCGGAAUGGCAGAAACAAAAUCGCAUCAAUUGUGAUACCAUUUCCACUUUGAAAAAGGAAAUCAAAGAGCUUACAAUAAAAUGUGGCCGUCUGCGAAAUCCUUUACAACGUUCCGUCAUCAUGAAGGAAACAACGACUGCCGCCAAUGUGGCUCCCGGUGAAAAGGCGCGCAGAACCAGCUCCGCAUUGCCCACAAUCGUUGUGGGCAAAGUGAAUUAUCCGAUUGGUGCAAAAAAUGUGGACGAUGCCAUUUUCCUGACAGACUUGAAAAUCACCGAAAAUCGCAAGCAAUUGGAUUUGCUAAGGCAUCGUUACAAGUGUCGCAAGCAACACUUUGCCAAACUCAUGGAACAAUAUCGCGAGUUGAUGGCCACCAAAGAUGCCCAAGAGCAGAAUAUGGGUGAGAAGCCACCUGAGACAUUGGAGGAGGACCAUAAUCGUAAGUUAGUUUGUCAAUUGGAAAAUCAAAUACAUCGCACCAAUGUCCAAUGGAUGGAGGCUGAACAUAUACGCAAGAAAUAUCGUUCCAUUGAGGCUUCACUUAUGAAUGAUGCUGAGCGUUUCGAGAAGAGUUUGAGAGAACUGGAGGCAGCUUUGAGUGAGCAACGACAGGAAAUCAAUCGCCUGCAGGAAAUCAACAAUGAAGCCAUUGAAAUGCGUGAUUCGGCCAAAGUUAUACUACAACGGCAGGAGCAGCAAGCCAACAUCUCACAAAAAACUCGCGAAAAACAAGCUCAGGAAUUCCGAAAACUUGUGGAACAACGCAAACAAGAGUUGGAGCGUAUUGGCCGUAAACUUUUCGUUGAAAGCACCAAAACUGUUACCCAUCAGGAUAGCAUUGGCUCCAGUUCGGGUGAGCCACAGACGGGCAAAACAGAAACUGACGAAGAUGAAAAUUCCCAAUUGAAAAGUGUCACCGGAGACAUGGAGGAUUUAUUUAAAAAUCUUAUGGAAGUUUCCGGAGCCACUUCACCUCAUGAAGUCUUUGAGCGUUUUUCAUCACAAAAGGAAUCGGCAUUGCGUUUAAAUUAUCUGCGUGCAGCAGCUGAGUCGGAGAAGAAUAGUUUAGAACAAUUGAGAGAGAGUUUAACCAAAGAAUUGGAGUCUUCCAAAUUUUCAGAUGUCAAGGAAAAAGAAGUCAAUCAAGAAGUUAUUGAAAACAUCAAAAGUCAAAUAGCUGACUUUGAGAUAGAGCGUGAGAAGAAUCUUGAAUCGGCUGAGAAGACAAUGGAUGUAUUGAAAUUCAUAAAGGAUCGUUUGUGUGAAAUGAUCUAUAAGUUGCAAGAGGUGAAUGAAACUCAGGUGGAGCUGAAGGAAAAGGAAAUGAGCAUACAAGUGCAUGAGUUGCCCGAUUUUCUGGUACACAAGGCAGAGGAUAAGGAUUUGAUAGAAAUACUCAAAUACAAAUUAGAAAAGUGUCAGGAUCUCAAUAAACUGCCAGAAGAUUUGUCCAUUGAAAAAUUGGAUUUGGAUAUAAGUGAAGAGGAAUUCAUGAUGUCCUUGCCUCCCAAAACUCCUUCAUUACAAGAAAAUGAAAAGCCUGCUGCCAUGCCAAUGUGUUACUUCAACCUUUUGGCUGGAAGAGCCCAAAGGGCUGCUGGCACUUUGUCCUCAUCUCCAGAACAGGCACCUGCAGCUGCCUCUGCCGGCAACGAAGAGGAAAGUGAAGUGCCUUCUCGCAACUUCCUGAAACGUCAAUCGGUGCUUAUAGUUGAUUCCAAGUCGCGUCGGAAACCAUUCAGAGCUGCCCCGGCUGCAAGAAGAAAGUAAAAGGUCGUUGAUGGACGGAUUAAAGAAAUAAUUACUGCCUUAAUUCUGCAAGCAUGAAAAUAUCUACAAAC